GCUAUAGACUUGAAUUCGCAGCCGUUCUAGGGCGCCGCCAUUUUCUCGCGACGGUGGCGCCGCGAUGCGAGCUCUGGCUGUGGACUGCGGGCAACGCGAAUCGCUGCACUGGCGGAAGCAGGAGCGGUGGCAAUGAAUUCCUCUUCAAGCGGACCGUUGACGCUUAAAAUUGGCGACCGUGUUCUGCCGCAUCCUCUUUCCCUCGCGGCCAACGAAUGGAAAGACGAUAUGAAACUCUGGCCCUCCCUGCAGGAAAACCACAUUACGUAUUAUCUGCUGAAAACAAAAGCCUGCGACCUGGAGGACGUCCAAGCCAUCAAGAGCUUAGACUCAUAUAACUACGUAAUAAGCGGUAAAGUGGGUCAGCUCCUCGUUUGCCAGGCUGACAAAGGGACAUGCUUCAUAAAAGGGAAAGUCUCUCCUUCGCAAGCUGACUCUGACCGGCCAUAUGAAACAUGGGUUUGCAUAGGAAAUGAUUGCCGUAUCUGGACCGGGUCGUGCUCCUGCAAGGUCGGAUUGACGACCGUGUGCAGCCACGUAGGGGCAGUACUAUGGAAGAUCGAAUUCGCCAGCCGAAAAGGUCUGACCGGGGAGAGCUGCACUGACAGGAGUGCAAAGUGGAACCAGGGCACGAAGAGGAAUGUUACACCAGCACAGAUAGAUGCCAUGGACUUUAGGCUACGAAAGGAAUUCAACGACCUGCAGCAUGAAGGGAAGAAGCUUACUACAAAGCGAUAUGAGACUCACGAGCAAUAUGUGGGAGAGAUGCAGCAGUCCACAAUAGCACCCCUUCUUGACAUAAAAGGGAGUCUCCUCCACCAGGCUGUAACUGCAAAAAUCUCCACUAGUGUGCAUGCUAAAAAUAAUCUUACGGAAACCGUGCCCAAGCUCACUCAUGGUUCACAUGAGGACGAAGACGACCUGUUGGUGUGCGAGACAUGCUCAGACUUCUACAGCAAAUGGGUAAACAUUAAAGAACCCGUUAGGUUAAGACUCAUGGAGCUCACACGCCAGCAGACUGGAAAGCUUUGGGAAGCUAGCCGUAAGUUGCGUCUCACCGCUUCCAAUGUGUCGAAAGUUCCAAGGAAAAAAGACACUCCGCCAGAUAAUUUCGUCAAGUCAUGCCUUUUCAGUCAGUUUAGGGGCAACAAGGCAACAAGUCAUGGGCAAAGGUUUGAGCCUGUUGCCAGACGGAUGUUUGAAAAUCAAAACGGUGUCCAUGUUGAACGUUGUGGCACAGUUGUUAGCGCCACACACCCAUUUCUUUCGGCAAGCCCAGAUGGCUUAGUUGGGACACAGAGCAUAUUAGAAAUUAAGUGCCCAAUCGUAGAUGAUUGCCUGCAGCUUGUAGACUCCAACAAAUAUGAUCUCAAAAAAGACUCGAACGGAGCUUACUACCUGGAUAAAAAAGGAAAAAAUGGCUACUACUACCAGGUGCAGUUCAUUAUGUUUUGCACAGAGCGUACACACUGCUAUUUUUAUGUCUGGUCAGCCAUGAAUUCUGUCUUAGUUGAAGUGCCCUUUGAUGCAGACUUUGUUUGCCUUCACAUUUCAAGGCUGUCAGAAUUCUACUUCAGGCAGUAUUUGCCAAGGCUUGUUAAUGCUGUUCACAGCAACAGCUUAGACAUAUCUGAAUACAAGGAUGCUGUACUCGCGAAAUAAACUGAAAAUAUGCGCUGUGAAAAAUUGAAAUAAUUUUAUUUUGGCAAUGUUUUUUCAAUAAAGCAUACACUGUAAUCACAUCCUGGUUUAAACAAAUUUGUUGAUGUAAGCAAAUAUCACUGCAGCAAGGGAUGCAUAACUACUAUGUCUGAAAGCAUACAAAUGUUACCUCAAGCAUUCAUGGGAGUACGCUUGAGGCUGCAGAAAGAAAGUUCCAGAGGUUUUGUUAUGCAUCUCAAUCACCAAAUGUGUGCAAUGUUUAACAUAUGACAGUGCAAUGCAACAAAAUGGGUAGAAUAUUGGACCAGUCCAUCCAGUCUCGUUUCACGGCACCGGAAGUGUCUACAUGCUUGCCCUUUUGCACGUCACACUGUAAUAUUGCUCUAGGUGUGGUCUAGUUCAUUCUCACUUUCCGCUUCCUCGUCUUUUUCAACUUUUGGGUCUGCUAUAAGUGGCCCUUUCAGGUUGCACAAGCCCGCACACACAAGAAUAAUGCUGUUCAUCAACUUCUUGUGAUGUAUAGGCAAUGAAUACUUGAGAAUUCGGUACACUUUAAUUCGAUUGAUUGCACGUUCAACGUGGAUUCUCAAGUGCGAGAUCCUUCUUGAUGCUGUUGCUUCUCCUUCGGUAAACUGAAGCUUGCCUCUUGAGAAGGCUGGCAUGUUGAGCUUCACCCCCUUUUCCUUCAUAGAAUUGCUUAGACUAAAGCCCCUGUCAGCCAUGAUUACAUGGCCUUCAGACAAGUUGUCUACGAAUCCAGACUCUUCAAUAAUGAACUUAUCUGAAGCCCGUCCACCAUAUGCGUUUGAUACAAACAUUAUGAAUCCACUUGGCGCAACCGCGACGAGGAACUUAGCAGUGUUGCAGCCCUUGUAGGCGCUGUAUGUCUGCCCUCUAGGAUAAAGUUUCUUAGGCCGCUGCAUGUGCACCUCAGUGCAGUCAAUGAUACAGGUAGUGUCAGCAUACUGACUUUCUGCAAACUGUCUUGGCAUUGUUGCCAAAAUUGUUUCAAUUGGCAGCCAUGCAACAACAUUUCUCAUAAUGCCGUCCAAAAUGCCGAUCAUUUUGCGAAAUAUUUGCCCUGUUCGUGCCACAGAUGUACCAAAUCUCAGGGCCAAGUCAAAAUACAAAAGUCCUAAGCGAAGUCGCAUGAGUGUUAACAGGAGCUGGUCACCAAUGGUCAUGCUUCCGCAAACCUGACCACAUUGAGCCACUGUUGUCACUAAUUUCCAAAAGCCAUCUAGUCCAAGCCCUGUAUAAAAGUUACAAGUUGCCUCAGAAAGGCCCUCAAAAACUGGUCUUGGUAUGGUUUGUGUUCCUGAGCAUUGAAAAUUAGUUUCUGUAGCUGCAUAUGAAUGUUCAACCUGUGUGAUGGAAUACGGGUCUUCCCACUGAACUCCCACACUGCAAACCUGUGUUUCUGCUUGGCAACUCUUGUGACACUUUUCAUAGUCUCGUUCUUCCUGAAUCGAAGCAUUGCCACGGCAGCUGAGGUCAAGGACACUGAUCUCGCAUUCGUCUGGGUGUGCUGAAUUUUGCUGCAUCUGUUCUCCUGUGUAC